AAACAAAAAAAGAAAAACGUAAUCGUCUCAGAUAAAAUACAAGUGCAUGGCUUUUCUGAGAAAGCAGCACGCCGUGUCUGUGUUCUCUCUUUAGAGAAACACAAGCUUAAAAACAUUUUAAUAAAUACGAAGUGUUCGGCUUGUCUAUUUUCUACUGACUACAAUCACUAUCAUUGAAUUGGACGCUGUUAUUCUGAGACGGAGGGGAAAGAAAUGGGAUAACACUAGAAGGCACUGCGAGGGCUGAUCCGGUGGCCAGGGACUGACCCCCAGAAGGAAGGUCGCUAUGUGGGGCUGUGUGAGCUCCAACGAGACAGACGACAGCUCGGACCACCGGCUCUGCCAAGACUUGGGGCUCAUCCUUUCCCUCUCCUCGCUCUUCUACCUCAUCGUCUGCUUCCCCAUCGGCCUGUACUACAAUGCUCUGGUGGUGACAGUCAACCUCUGCAACAAGGUGUCCAUGACCAUGCCAGAUGUCUACUUUGUCAACAUCGCCAUCGCCGGACUCGUGCUCAACAUGGUAGCGCCGGUGCAGCUGCUGGGCCCCGGCUACAACCACUGGGCCACGUGGGACUUCAACAACGAGGUGUACAUCACCCUGCUCAUUCUGUUCAACAUUUCCUCUCUGGUGAUCAUGUACUCCACCACACUGCUGAGCCUGGACUACUACAUAGAGCGCGCCCUUCCCAGGACCUACAUGUCCAGCGUCUACAACACCAAGCACGUCUGCGGGUUCAUCUGGGGCGGGGCGGUGCUCACCAGUUUCUCGUCCCUCCUGUUUUACGUCUGUAACCACGUCUCCACCAAGAUCAUCGAGUGCUCCAAGAUGCAGAACAAAGAGGCGGCGGACGCCAUCAUGAUGUUCAUCGGGUACGUCGUGCCCGCCAUAGCGGUGUUCUACGCUUUUGUGUUGAUACUGAGGAUCCGGAAACAGUCGACGCCCCUCGAUCAGGACUCCGGGAGGCUGGACCCUUCAGUGCACAGGCUGCUGCUGGUCUCCGUCGGUGUGCAGUUCGCUCUGUGGACGCCUUACUACGCAACGCUUUUGGUGCACACGCUUUCCGGGAUUCAAGGAAGGCACCUUCACGGACAGCACUUGAGAACGUAUUACUUCGUUAGGGGUUUGUCCAAACUGUUGGCUUUCUCAAGCAGCUUCGCCAUGCCUCUGAUGUACAGGCACAUGAACAAGAGCUUCUCGCGGAAGCUGCGACGGCUCCUGAACAAGCUGCACUGUGGGAAGCAGGGCUGCUCCCAGGAGAGAUCUGCAGAGCAGCAGGUGGUUACCUGAAGAACCAGGAGCUGUGCUGCGCAAGUAUACUUAAACAAACAAAACUGAAGUCUAUGCAGGAAUAACCACAGUGAGAGAUACGUACCCAUCUCUGGAAAAUCAAAAAAAAAAAAAAAAACAAUCACUCAGUGAGGCAUUUCAAAUGUUGAAUUUUUCUACGAGCUAGCCACUUACAAGAAACUACCAAGUGCUGUUUUAGCUUUCAAGGUGAGAGAGAGAGAGAGAGAGAAUCAGGCAGGACUCCGCUCUGCAAGGCGGGCGCCACUGUGAUGCGUGCACUAAGUGUCUGCAGACCCAAGUUUUUACAAUGCACACGUCUCACAUGUUUCCUAUAUAUCCCAACUCAGUAAAGCAAAGCUCGAUGGUUUUACUUAACGUGCAAAGCAAAAUGCCAAAGCAGUUUGAUAGAGCGCUGACAACGAGCACGUGGGACAAGACUGACUGCCAAGGGGGGAAUUUAUUAGCAGGCAUUCUGGGAAGAACAUUAAACAAAAAAGAGACAGCGUACUGGACCCUCUUUGUAGUGCAGAUAAGGCAUUGGAGUUUCCUGGGAUUAUGUAACAGUUUACUCAACAAUCCCACCUAAAUCGUGUUUCUGGAUAGCUGUCUGGCUCGCUUUCCUACCUUUGGAAUGCAUCCUUUCUGGGCAUUGUGUUCUGUUUGUGUUGCUAAGAAGCAGCAGUAAAAAUCACCAAGAAACUAAAGUCACACACACAAAAAUGUGUUGGCUUGUGCCUUCAGCAGCUUAAACCAGUGUAACUCAGGGAUGAAGGCAACCCCUUUCAUGAUCACUCAAAUUAUUAUUUAUUAUUUUUAAAAGAUCAAAAUAGGUAACGUCUGGUCCUUCCCAUCUCUUGGCAGUUGUCUUCUUUGCCACUUUGUGCAUAUAAAUGUGCGCUGGCCCUGGCCCCUGUAUCUCUGCCUUAACAACAAAACAAAGACAGCACAUUGAAUUAACCAUCUUUGAUCCACUGACCACUGAAGAUAUGAAUGCUUCCAUGUAUGUAGUACGUAUGUAUAAAUGAGCCAAUAAAGUAAAAUGUUUUACUUGUAUAUUUAAAAAAAAAAAAAAGUACUGUAUAUUUGAAAAGGGUCUUUUAAAACGAGUCUAGAAUUAUUUAAAAAUGUUUAAGCUCUACAUUUAAGCUUUUUAAUGAAAAACGUCAUUCAAAGAUGUGAAAGCUACUGUAAAAUAUGAAGCGUGUAUAUAUUGUCUGUUAGACACUCUCCAGAAAGAGCGUGCCCUUAAAAUACCAGUAUUAUUUCUCUCGGAGCUAUUAUUGUAUUGAUUACCCACUAUAUUGUCCUUAUAUUGAGCUGCAGACUGUUAAUCCAAUAAACUAACGGUAAUAUUUUA